GCGAGUGCACAUCACUAUCGUCGCCGCUAUUUUGUGUUGUCAAUUAUUCUCUUAGUUACAAUUAUUUUCAUCUGCGCUCGCUGAACGAACCUCUGGGCGAAUAGCAACCGAUCGCAAAGUUUGCCCCGCAACACCCAGCAUUGCCUCUUUCAACUGAGCUCAUUAGGAGGUUUGUGUUUUUGCUGCAAGGUUGCUGCAACAGCGGACACCGCAUGCUGAAUACACCAAUAACAGCAGCAGCAGCGACAACAACAACAACAGCAACAUCAACAUCAUCAGCGGAAGCAACAUGAAUCCCUGUGCUGUGCCCACACCCGUGCCCGAUGUUGACGGCGACAAGCGCUGGCUGAGCAUACACCGUCGCUUUAUCUCGGAUUGCCGCGAAAAGGAUCCGGACGUGAUAUUCCUCGGAGAUUGUAUAUUCGAGACGCUGCAGGAUACCGACACCUGGAAUCAGUACUUUGCGCCGCUGCACUGCCUCAACUUCAGCAUACGCGAGGAUCGCACCGAGAACGUUCUCUGGCGCAUCGAGAACGGCACUCUGGACAAUGUCAAUCCGAAGAUCGUCGUCCUGCACGUCGGCACGAACAACACCAGCAACAGCGCCGCCGAGGUGGCCGAGGGCCUGCUCGCCAACGUGGCCAAGAUACGCGAAAAGCUGCCCGGCGCCUACAUCAUAUUACCAUCGCUUCUGCCACGCGGCCAGCAGCCGAACGCGCUGCGCGACAAAAACAAGGAGAUCAACGAGCUGAUCAAGGAGAGGACAAAGGGCAUGGACCGUGUGCAAACUGUCGCCAUUGACAAGGGGCUGGUGCAUACGGACGGCAGCAUUAGCCAUCAUGACAUGUUCGACUACAAGAGUCUGACCAAUACCGGCGCCAAAAAGAUACUCGAGCCAUUGCAUGAUUUGCUAUCGCAGAUACUCAAUGAAAACGAACUGGAACGCGAUCUCACACCAUCCGAAUAACUCACAAUAUACACGAAAACAAUCAGCAACAACAGCAACAGCAACAGUAACAACAACAAUAAUGGAAAUCCAGAACACUCAACCCAACCGCUUGAUCUGCAGCAAUGAAAGUAUUUACUCGUCUAUUGAACGGGAGUAUCAAGUUUUUGGUUUAUUGUUACC